UCAGGGGCAUCGCAAACUUGGUGUCCUCUGCUAACCACCUCAUCGAUUCAAAGCGCGGCCAGCUGGUCCUGGACCCAAGUCUGGCCCUGCUGAGUCGUCGCCAGCGGCGUCUGAUCAGGCAGAACCCUGGUGUUCUGCAUGCCAUCGCAGCUGGGCUGCACUCUGCCAUUAAGGAGUGCAAGUGGCAGUUCCGCAAUCGGAGGUGGAACUGUCCCACAACGCAGAGUCCCACUCUCUUUGGGAAAAUCAUCAGUCGCGGUGAGCUUCUCGGCACUACGAACCCACGGAGCAGACAGCAGUCAAACGGUCGCUUUGCUUGUGAUCGUCCUGGAGAGGGUCACAGCAUAAUCGACAAAUAUUAAUAUCAAAUGCAUGAAAAACAACUUUUCUCCCCAUGCAGCUGUCUAAUAAGCAAGAUCACUGAUGACACUUAGUAAGCAUUUAACAUUUCAUAACAAGUAGGCCUCAUGUAAAAAUAAAAUUCCGUAAAAGAUACUGCGUUGCCUCCAUGUAACUUCACAACCCCAAAUAAGACAUUAUUUGUUACGACAGGCUGUCGGGAGACCGCUUUUGUCUUUGCCAUCACAAGUGCGGGGGUCAUGCACGCAGUGGCACGGUCCUGCUCGGAAGGUGCCGUGGAGUCCUGCACCUGUGACCGUCGCCGUCCGGGCCCAGGGGGGUCUGACUGGCACUGGGGUGGCUGCAGCGACAACGCUGAAUUUGGCCAGGCCUUCAGCCGGGAGUUUGUGGACUCCAGUGAGAGAGGCAGUGACCUUCGCUACCUCACCAACCUGCACAACAACGAGGCCGGCAGAACGGUGAGCAAAAGACGUUUCAAUUGCCUGAAAAUGUCAUCUGCGAGGAAUUCUUUUAGUGUCGUGGUGUCUCAGCCACUGACUCUGUCUUGAGAUGUUGUGGCUCGCGGUGGUCCAUAUGACAUCCUUCCAGUGUCACUGUCUCAUGCAAUAGCUGAUACUCGGUGUGUGUCCCCCCUCCCAGACCGUGUACUCACAGAUGCAGCAGGAGUGCAAGUGCCAUGGCAUGUCGGGUUCUUGCACUGUGCGCACCUGCUGGAUGCGGCUGCCCAGCCUCCGUGUGGUGGGGGACCUUCUGAAGGACCGCUUUGACGGAGCCUCGCGUGUCAUCUAUGCCAACAAAGGCAGUAACCGGGCCUCCAACCGAGCAGACCUAUGCCAUCUUCAGCCAGAGAACCCAACCCAUAAGCCCCCCUCAGUGCGGGACCUGGUCUAUUUUGAGAAGUCGCCCAAUUUCUGCUCCUACAGCAGGAAAAUAGGCACGCGGGGUACAACGGGACGCACCUGCAACAGCUCAUCCCCAGCGCUGGAUGGGUGUGAGCUCUUGUGCUGCGGGCGAGGCUACAGGACACGGACGGAGGAGGUGACGGAGAGGUGCCACUGCAUCUUCCAUUGGUGCUGCCACGUCAGUUGCCUUAAUUGCACCAGCACUCGGAUCUCGCACCAGUGUCUAUGAAUGGGGAAGGGGAGGGGAGUCAGGGAAAGGAAGACCAGGAAGAGAGCUGAGAACGGAAGCCUCGUGUGACAUGUGAGAAGGACACAGGAGAAAUGGAAAACAGGGAAAAGAAAAAUACAGUUAGAGGGAAGAAUGCAGACCAGGAAGGGGGCAGCUGGUAGCGUAGUGGUUGGAGCUGCUGCCU